AUGACGAGGGCUGGAGGGCUCCCUUCCAGUGGCAACGGCACUACUUCCUCUCUCCCCUCGCGAGCUCGUCUCUCUCUCUGCUCGCGUUAUGACUCUCCCGACGGCGACACGGCGACGGCGACGGUAGCAGUGACACCCACCAUUUCCGUCAGAAAAUAUAUUGAAAUUAGGGUUGUUACUGAUAACUCCUCCAUUCAAUCACGAUCCUUCUACUUCUACACCCUCAUCUCCUCCAAAUGCUCCAUCAGCGCUGCCUCUCAGCCUUGCAACGCCGUCGCACCGAACCUCCAUUGUACUGAGCUUCUGUUGCACCGAAGCUCUGUUGCAUACAGGGACCAGUGCGUACACCUCCUCAUCCCUCUCAACAAGUGCCGCCAGGCCGAGUUCUACCUUCCAUGGAAGUGCGAGAACGAGAGUCACUCCUACGAGAAGUGCCAGUACGAGCUCCUCAUGGAGCGCAUGUUCAGAUGCAGAAGAUCAAGGAACGAGCCUCCCUUAAUCACUCUCAAUCCAAGGGCGCCACCUUUCCCGUCAUCCCUAAAAUCGCCAAUGCCUGAUUCAUUCCAGAACAGAGAUGAUAACAACGAGAAGAACAAUAGCAUAAGCAACAAGUUUUUGCUUCCAAGAAAGCCUCCUGAUAGAAUGUUGCCUUAUAACAAGGCCUAUAAUCAUGAUGAGGAUGAUGAUGAAGAAGAGGGGGUCACAGAAGAUGAUGAGGAACACAAUUUUCUGCAUAAUGAUGAAAAGAGAAAACAAGAACUUGACAAGUCAAUGCAAAAACCUAAUAUUUUGGUAAAAGAUGACCAUGGCGAGCAUUUUUGUGUUUUUGAGUGCUAGUAGUAGUUAUGAAAGCCCAGGCCCAUGAAUAGCCAUAAUCAAAUCCUUGCAUAGCUUCUGGUAAUCUUGUAUGCAGUUUACAUGGUAAAUUCCCCUUGCUGCUCUUCCCUCUGUUACUAUAUUAGUAAGCAAAGAUAAGAUGCAAAAUUAAAGCUUCUAUUAUUGGCUGCAGGUGAGGAAAGGGGAUUCAAAAAUUUCCCAGCAUUAGUUUGUGCCUAACCCUUCUUUUUCCUUUCAUUCUUUCGAAUCUUGUUAUUGACAGCCUUCAGAACUGUAAGGAUACACAUGCAACGUGCCAAAGAUCUGAAUAUCAGAGUUACUUGAACAGGGGAACCAAACUCCACUCUUGAUGAGGCAGAAACAGCGCUAUCAGUAUUUAUUUGUUCUUAUGAAUUCAGCAGCAUAUCUACUACGGAAAUAUGUAUAUCUUUUGAGCAUUUUGGUUCAUUAAAAUGAUAAGGGUAUUAAUACAUGAAGGAGAAAAAGUAAUAUACUUUAGAAAAAUGAUAGAAUUUUCAUUCUUAAUAAUGAAUUAUGUUACCUUGAUCCAGGGUUGAAGUAACUAGAACACCUCUUUCAGCCUAUGAUGCCACAGAAAUUCUGAAACCUAAUGGUAUAUUCUGAAUCCAUUCUUGUGUUUUUGAUGUUUCCUUCCACUUCAAUAAGCACUAUAUAGAGGAAGAAUUAUAGAAAAAAGAUGCAACUUGAAAAUGGAAGCUUAGUGGUAUGCAUACUCUAUGUUUCCAUUCUUGUAUUUGAUUAUAGCAUGAGCUAUGAUUGUUUGUGUUUGAUCAUAAAAUUACCAAGUGUGAUCAAUGAAGAGAUUUUACAGUUCAUGAUUUGUUUGAAAGACAUUGAACUUGCACAGCAUCAAGAAGGGUUAGAGUGUGUUGUCUGGUUGCGACUGCGAGGCUUGUGGUGGUGUGGGUUCCGAAUGCCCUUGUUUGGGCUUGGGUGUGCUGGAUGACGUGGGCAGUGAGUGCGGGCCGGGAUGUAGGUGCGGACCAGAGUGUGGAAACCGGUUGAUUCAGAAUGGGGUUGCUGUUCGGGUGAAGAUUGUGAGGGAUGCAAGGAAAGGGUGGUGUUUGCAUUCUGAUCAGUGGAUUCGGAAAGAGGAGUUCGUGUUUGAGUUUAGUUUGUGUUUUCUUCUUUUAAGUUUAGUUUUUAACUCAUAUAGCUUCAAACAUGUGAUAAAAUUCGAUUUGAUAUUGUUAAAUUAUUCUAUCAUGCCUUAUACAAUGUACAAAACAGGGCCUAGUGAUGAAAUAAUGUAUGACUGGUUGAUGAAAUAAUGUGCAUUUGACCUGAUUUUAAUCUCUCUUGGACACAAGAAAAAUGUGACCGUUGCACAAGUUAAGCAAUACUGUGAGAUGGAGAGUCAUGAAGAGAAGCUGUACAGACAGAUGAGGGAGGACAAUAUUAGAGAAGCAAAGGAUGAAAUGAAAAGGAAAGCUAAUGAGAUUGAUAAAAACAAGAUCGGAUAUAGUAAGGUAGACAUCCUCUGUUCAGAAAGUGGGAAGCAGCGAAUAAUUUUGAUGGACCAAGAAUCUCAAGAAGCAAGUAUAUUGCCAUCAUCACUAAGAAGCUCAAGAAAGAAUGAAGCUAUCCAUAAAUUAGGAUGUUGAAUCUUGAUGAGUCCACUAGUAGUUAUUUGUCAUCUAAUGUAUUUAGCUUGUAUUAUUGCAUGGAAAUAAUUGCUUCUUAUUAUAAAGAAAGCAUUUUGUACUCACUGGUGUGUUUUUCUAUUUAUACCAUCAAUAAAAAUUUGUAUUUAUUAAA